GCGCCACUGGAGGAUUCACGAGACGCACACCACCACCAGCAAGACUACCCUUCCCUUUCCUUCCCUUUCCUUCCCUCCCAGUCUAGGGAUCCUCCUGCCAAGCACCUAGGCUAGUACAUCAGCCCGCGUCCCAACUCCAGUUCAGCACUUUCUGCCUGUGGUUUCGACAGGACAGUCUGCAAGGCCAAGCCCUAAACUUCCCGUGCAAGAGCAAACGGCACCGCCUUUGUUCCUCAGGAAUCCGAGGCUCGUUAGAGGACAAUUUAUGCCGUCGUGCGCUGUCUUUCGAGGCGCCUCAGAAUCCGUCAUAUCAACUAACGACUCGUUCCGAGUCGGCUGCCUGAGUUAAUAGCUCCUGGAGGAGUCCGCGCCGCAGCAGUCUUCGAUCCGAACUCGCAAAUUCCGGCGCAGUGGUACGCGCCGCAUCAGCCAGCAUCAACCGGCGUCUAACGCGUCGUCUGCCUUUCGCUAGUAAUACCCGCGGCCUCGUUAUUGGCUACUCGCUACUCGUUAGCAGCAGCACUGGCUUCGUCAUAUCCUCCAACACCAUCCGCACAGCAGCAGAGAAGCGACCGCCAUAUCCGCCAAAUCCGCCACCACUACCACCGCGAUAACCGGCGCUUGCAAGAACUCCGGGUUCUAACGGACCACCACUCCUCGGGACCUCCAUCGGACGAGACGGACGUUCUUCUUGACGAGACGUCGCCUUCUUUUUCUCUGGUCCAAUGGCUGUUCUUUGCGGUAAUACAAGUACGACAACGAUCCGUAUUAAUGCUCCGCCGCCGCAACUCCGCUGGCAGGCGCAGCGUGGCGGCGCUUCCGCAGGCCCCAGCGCGCGGAAAUCGCCUCCCUUCCGCCUGCCCGCCGUCCGCGCGGCUUCCGACCGCCAGAUAACCUCCGCCGCCGUCUCCUCCGCCAAAGUCGCCGCCGCCGCUGCCGCCGCUGCGAAAGUCACUGCCGCUGCGAAAGCAACGCUGGUCCGCGAACCGCCGAAGACGCAGCGGGAGGCGGGAGUUGCGGUGGAGGAGGAGGAGCACGCGUGGCAGGGCGUGGGGACGAGCAGCGCGAGCGUGUUUCUCGCGGAUACUGCCAUGUGGCAGAGCGGCCUUCCCGAGCUCGAUUUGACGGACGGAUUCACCGGAGACGAAUCAACGACAGCCGCCGCGGCGCCAACGGUCGGCGACUACAUGACGCGCCGCCCCGUGUGCGUGCACCCGCGCGCGUCGCUCAAGUCGGCGGCGCGGCUGCUGGCGGCGUGCGCGGUGAGCGGCGUGCCCGUGGUGGAGCCGUACGAGGGCGACGCGGUCGGCGCGGGGCGGCUCGUGGGCGUGCUGUCGCAGCGCGACGUGCUGUGGAAAGAGACGGUGCCUUACCCCGGGGAGGACGACCUGAUGGGAGACCCCUAUGAGGGCCCCAUGAGCCCGUCUCUCAAGGCGCAGCUGGGGAAGAUCCGCAGCCGCACCGUGGCGCAUGCCAUGACGGCAGCUCCGCUGUAUGUGGAGGAGGACGCGCUGGUGUCUGACGCCGCAACCAUCAUGAUUAACCGCCAUGUGGCUCGUCUGCCUGUGGUGGCUCCCAGGGAAGGUGGCAAGCCCGGCACCACAGUGGUGGGAAUCCUCACUGCCGCCGACAUUCUGCGGCACACUCUACUCUCGCUGUAAUCCUACAAAAGCAGCACCUAACUUCCUUCUCGUUCGGGCCUUAUUCUCGGCUGCUUCUGCUGCUCCCGCUGAUUCUCCUCCUCCUGCUGCUGCUUCUGCUGCUCCUGCUGCUCCUGCUGCUCCUGCUGCUGCUCCUGCUGCUCCUGCUGCUGCUUCUGCUACUCUUGCUGCUGCUCCUGCUGCUGCUUCUGCUGCUCCUGCGGCUGCUUCUGCUGCUCCUGCUGCUGCUCCUGCUGCUGCUUCUGCUGCUCCUGCUGCUGCUUCUGCUGCUCCUGCUGCUGCCUCUGCUGCUCCUGCUGCUGCUGCUGGCAUCACAAUCCCCUGUCAUCGUUGGCUUCAGCUGCCGAGAGAAGCUACCUGGAGCUUUCCUUCUCGUUCUGCUCCUCUCCUCUCCGCUACUGUCUGUGUUGCGGUGUGAGCCGGGCAGCAGCUGGCUUCUGGGGUUUGUCUGAUGCCCUAUCCCGCCAUUCCGAUGUGGUUCCAACUACCCAGUGUCGCAACACGUCCCAACACGGUAUCCCGACGUACAUACCGUUGCCCACACAUCCCAGCGCUUUUGGAAUGGUGCCGUCCCAACGCCAUCCCAACGUCCCAACACCACACCCCGCUGUGCAGCUCUCCUCUCUGCUUCACUAUUUACUGCGGUGCAAGAAUGGCCAUUCCUGCAGUGCAGCUCCACUACACUUCACAGCUGCCCCUGAGAAUGUUGAAUAAAUGCUGCUGCUGUAGCUGCUGGUGCUGCUGCUGCAUCGUGUUUGCUGCUUCGCAAGGAGCAUCCUUCCUCUCCUCACGAAUCCACUCCUCUCCGCCCGAUCAUUCCUGCAAGCACUCGGUGCAAACCUGCCUUGUAUUAGGGACCACAAGCACGGGACCUCAAGGUUAAACUCCCCUUCCUCCUCCAUUCCAUCCUGAACCUGCUGCGCCUGGCGAACGGUGAACCUCUUGGGCCCUGGGCCCUGGGUCUCUCUUCUGUGUAAUAAUUGGGAGCACGAACCUUCCGCGCCGGCGGAGUUUGCUCCUCUGUUGCUGUUGCUGUUGCUGCUGGGCCUUCGGACCAGGCUUCUUCUCUGCAUUAUACGGCGCGUGUACCUAGGAACAGACACUGGCUUUGCACUCUGCGCUGCCUGUGCUGCUGCUGCUGCUGAUGAUGAUGAUUUUGCCGCCACCCCGCUGCUUCGCUGCCGUUGCCGCUGCUGCUGCUGCUGCUGCUGCUGCUGCUGCUGCUGCUGCUGCUGCAGAGGCCGGGUGGAGUCAGGACCAACAAGUGUGCGUUGCUGAUGCGCACACACCUGGAGAGGGAGAGAGGAAAGAGGAUGGAAACUGAUGAGAUAGACCUCUCUUCUCCUCCUGCCUCUCACUGCAUUCGAAGCGGCACCUGUGCAGUGCACCCCGGAUAGGAGGGUUUGUAUGGCCUUGCUUGGUGGUUGCGACUCGCCAUCCUUUUCCUUUGCAUCAGCAGGAUGUUUUGAGGUGCACUGUACAUUUACUGCAUACCUCGAGGUAGGUAGAAGGUACCGUGCAAGUAACUGAGGAACGUCGAAGUCCGGUGCUGCUGAUAUACAAAUGUAUGCGGUACCUAUAUGUGUAGAUGUGCGCUUGUACAUGUACAGUAAUAAAAUUGGGUGGUAAUAAU